CCACCGGCCACCGCAGAAUUUCAAAUAAUUUCUCUGCUCUGCCCUCUCUCUCCAUCUCGCUUCUCUCGCUGCCGCCGUGUCUAGUAUUUAUGUAAUAAACAAAAUACUUGAUAUCGUCUUUUUGUCUCCACCCCAUGAACAAGAGAGAGUGUCUAAAAUUCUUAUGAACGAUUCACGCCAGUGAAGGGUAUUCAGAGCCAGUUUUGCCGCUGGUGGGCGUUGUCCCCGUUCUUCCUGUCAGCAUGGACUCGUCUCCUCCGAGAAAGGUUCCCCAGGGGCAGUCUGCUGCGGGUGUGAAGCGUGCUGCGUUGUUGCCGCCGUUUGAGCCAUGUUCGUCUCCGCCACUCCCUCGACCAGCAAAGCGGAGGGUUCUCAAGGGCGAGGACUCGUUCUCGACGUACCCAACCCCCGUCCCAACCUCGUCAACUGCAAUUCUAAGCUCGUCUCCCUCGCGUAUCCCUCCUGCUCUUCAACGUACUCAGUCGGUCACCUCGGAGCGCGCCCCUCUGUCAGACGUCCCAUGUGUAAUGCUCGAGGAGGAUGGCGAGCCCAUUACUAUGGGGAGAUCGAGUGCUUCCUGCUCAUAUCAACUCUCCCCUAACCGUCUCAUCUCGAGAGUCCAUGUCAAGGCCUACUUCAAGCCAGCAAGCCACCCAUUUGAUAGGGAUAAGAUCGAGAUUCUAUGCAUGGGCUGGAACGGCAUCAAACUGCACUGUCAGGGGAAAACUUAUGAAUUGGCCAAAGGAAAGACGUUUACUUCUGACAUCAGGGAUGCAGACGUGAUGAUUGAUGUUCAGGACUCGCGUGUCCUCGUUCAAUGGCCGCGUCCCGAACGAAAGGAUUCAAAUUCAGAACAUACAUGGGACGAAUCGUCUCCUAUUCGAAACGCAGACUCCCGUUCUCGUCACGGUUAUUCGGAAAGCCCUCUCAAGUCCCGGGAAAGACUACUGUCUCCUGUCUCUCCCUCUCCUGCCGUUCAAGCACUCGGUUCUGCCGAUCCCUUGACAUCCAGCCGUUCUGUACCCAAUGCUGUUGUUGUCUAUGAGGACGAACCCUCUCCCGUACGACCUAAAAAAUCCACUACCGAGCCCAAGUCUACCUCCCAAAGCACUGAGCGUGCCUCCAUUUCGAGUGAUGCCAAUGCUAGAAAUUCAAUUUCUAGUAGUCUAGCAAAAUCUGACGAGCUAUCCGAACAUGAUGAAGAGAAUGAUCCGAUCGUUUUUUCUUUCGGCCCCUAUGGAGAGAAUAUCCUUCCACGUAUGGCAGCUGUCAAUGCCAGAGAUACCCCCACAGCUUCUCCCCACCAGAAACCGCUCAAACGCAGCGCUUCAGCUCGGGAAUCAUCAUCUACAAAGGAGUCGACGGACGCAUCCCGCUCUGCAAUUCAAAAUCACAUUAUAAACCAGCUAGCCUUCUCCCGACUCUCUUCAACACCAUUCUCAACUAUAGUCAGUAAUCUUCCUUCUGACCUUGUAGGUACUGGCUCGUCGAAGAAGCCCAAGGUCUCCAAUGCUUAUAUCAGAUCCAUCAUUGAGGAUACCAGAUGCAUUGGGACUGUUAACCGCAAAGGCAAAGAUGCUGCGGGAAAACAAUUGGAAUGCGAGUAUUACUAUACCCCUGAUCUCGAUACAGACGAGAUGAGAAAGCAAGCUGUUGUCAACGAACUACGAAAACCAGGACUACGGAACUGUCGGAAACAGCACAAGCAAUACUUCUGGAAACGGCCCAAGACCCCAUAAAAAGUGUCUACACUGGAUUUCAACCCAAGGAUGAGUUUUUACUGUUACAGCAAUUACCUCCAGUUAUCCUCUCUUCAACAACGCCAACUAAAAACUUCAAAAAUAUCACCCAUUUGCACCUACGGGUUGCAUCAGCAUAGCAGUGUGGAGGAUUCUUUACUCUGCUCUAUGCGUGGAAGAUGACGUAUGAGCAAUAACGUCCUGAUACUCUUCCCCCUUCAUAUGCCUUCCCGAUUGUAUUAUGUUUAAUUGAUUUUCGAAUUUCCUUUGUCUGGUUUCUUUUUC